UUCAUUUACCAUAUGUUUUAGUCACUUGUCAAAUUAUAAAAUUUGCCAAGUGAUUUUUACCAAACUGUUGUAGAUGCUCUAAAAAGUCUCCAGUAUUCGCGUCAGGAAAUCUGCGGAAAAGGACGAUCACCAGUUCCCCACUCGCCGAAAGGUAACCGUCGUGCACUCGUGCUCGAAUCUCCUAUUCCGCAAGCAUAGCACAUAUCCUCCUCCACCCGGUCUCGUAUAUGAAGUGGCGGGACGGCGACGAACAUCAGCCAUCAGGACGAGCACAGCAACAGGGCACUGCCGCACCGCACUGGCCAGUGGCCACCACACAUGGACGCACUCUUUCAGGAGCUCUCCGUGCUCGCCGACAUGGCCAUGGAAAACCGGGGCUUCGACCCGGCGAGGCUGGACGGCAUCCUGGCGCUCUUCGAGAGCGAGGCGCGCGCGUCGUGGGCGGCGGCUGAGGCAGAGCACGAGGCCGUGGCCCGCGCCACCGAGACGGCUGUGGAGGUCGCGGAGGGCCACCUCGACGCCGUGAUGAUGGGCGCGGCCGUGGGUUGGUCCGGGGAGGCCGACGCGCUGUCCGCGGCCACCGCCGCGAUGGGAAUGGCCUUCAACGCGACGUCCAAGGUUGUAGAUCCAUGAAAAAAACAGUUUGGUCUCGUGGCGAUCUGACGGCUACAAUGAGAUGUACAAUAUAGCACUAUACAAUAUUCAUGUGUACAAUCAGAGUAUGACACAGUAUAUUUCGCGGUAUACCUCGCCAUAUUAGGAUUAGUGUAUAUUCAUUUAAACAUAGAUGUAUUGAUGUUACAUAUGCUACCAUAGUCAAAAGUAAUUACAAAUCAAUUUGCUCAUAAUAAUAAGAUGCUACGGCAUUACAAUUUACUGACUUUAGAGCGCG